AUGACGCAAUUUAGAAACACACUUAAGGAUAGGGCUGAAAUUUUGAGAAGCCAAAAUUUGAGCGUGAAGAGCAACCCAUUUGAAGUUUGGCGUUAUUUUUUUUCAACAGAAAUAUCAGCAAGCAAGAAGACUCUGAUUGAAUCUCCGGAACUGAAAUUAACAGAGAAAUCAGUGUUGAAAAAUGCUACGGAUGACAGAAAGAAGGAAACCUCGAUGGGCAGAGCAUUCAACAACAAUCACAUCUCAUCAUCACGGUACAACUACAACAACAACAUCAGCGCCGUCUACAUCAACAGCUCAACUAAUGUCGACAUUAACGACACAACCGCCGCCACCAUCACAGCCGCCGCCACCACCGCCGCCGCCACCAUCACAGCCGCCGCCACCACCAUCACAGCCGCCGCCACCACCGCCACCACCACUGCCGCCAACACCAAGAAGCAGAUCAACACGGACAACGUCAACGACACCAGCACUAACGGAAGCCACCAACCUUACCACAACCAACAACAAAAUCUCCAGAGGUGGUCGCUCAAUCAAGUUCAACGCAAACAAAACGUUGCGAAGUUUGCGCUGUUGAUGACUCAAACAGCACUAACACAUCGGAAACAGUUACAGCAGCAUCCUUUUCUGGGAGUUCUACGGUGUACGAUCCAACUUACUACUACAGCUGCUUCAAUCGUAAAUGACUAUAGCUUGUCUUUCAAGAUUCAUCACGAUUACCGCACUGAAAUGUCUAUAAUAAAUUCAACCGAAUACGUGAAAGUUCUUGCCAUAUUUGAAGACGGGUUGAUGACGUCAUGUAAGGAAGUGCUGAAGGAGACAUUCAAAGGAAUCGACAGGAACUACAGGUUAUCGCAAGGCAGCGUUAAAAUCGAAUCGGUUCUGUCGGUAUUCGGAAAUGAUACAUCGCUGGUGGAGGACAAAACAGCCUGGGAGAAUAGCUUAUCGAGCACACUACCUGGUCUUUUCAUCAACGGGACGUUUGAUUACUUGGCAGUAGGCGUAUCGUGCGGAAUACUAUUUGCAGUAGGAAUUAUCCUAUUCAUCAUCCUCCUCUGCUUAUACUUGCACAGAAAAAAACUCAAAGACCAAAAAGAUAUUCCGAAAUCAGAGUGUGAGAUUUACGUUAGAAGCAUUACUGGACCGCAUGAUCAAAAGAGUUCAAAAAGGCUCUGGAUGCAUAACAAUAGCACUGGUCUCUAUAGAAGUACAGAAGAUGUUUGUGGUGACGUUUCUACUGCUGCUGCUAAUGGUGCUGUUACUGGUAAAUCUAUUGCACUGGAAAGAAUAGACGAGGGUGGUCCGCACGCUCCGACAUCCGAUUCGGAUAGCGACUACGAUGGCGAUCAGAGCGACCCAGUUCCCCUCCACCGACGCCAAAAAGAUGACGUCAUCGUCAAUUUAACGGCUCAAUCUCUGAACGGCAAAAUGGCGAACGAAAGAUCAAAUAAAAAAUGGAACCAGCCCGAACGAGCAUCGCAUGCCAGAGAUAACCCGGCGUUCGAACCCAACCACGACGACUCGCUCGAUAAUAUUCGGUCUUACCGACCGCAUAUUUUGAGUCAACAAAUAACCGAGUGUACCGAGUCUACAACCGCACUGGAAGACGUCAGUGUUGCCCUCUCAUCCAACCAUAAACAACAAGCACCCAGAGUCAACCUGGUCAAGCCUUACAACCGAGACAACGACGUCGAGGACAAUAGAAAUUAUUAUUCGCAAUUUAGAAAACCCACCGACAAUUCGAGCCAGCACGUAGAAGCACCGGCUCACAUCAACCACACGACGAAACAAUCUCAACAGAGACCUACCAAUCCGACGCAAGUUCUCAACACUUUAACACUGAGAAACGAGAUGGACAUGUACCGAAAAGAUCUUUACAAACCAGUCGAUUUUGGCGGUCCGUGCAUUCCAGGGAGCAACACAUCACUGCAGAAUAACUCCUCGAUCGGAUCGAGACUCUCCCACGCCGAACCAUCUGCGCCCGACAUCGAUUUAAAGCAGGUGUCGCCGCUGGACGAGCUCUUCUCAAACAAUAAAGAACAAUCGUUCAAGUCAACUUUAACGGCGAAGGCGAGGAAACUGCUGGGCAAAAAUUCAAAUGAUAUCUUAUACAGAACUAACGGAAACGCGUGA